AAGAAGAUGGCUGCGCCGUGUAGAAGGAUGGCGAGUCGGCCUCUGUUACAGCUUCUGUCUUGUUUUAGCAGGACGGCUGUUGGGAACACGGGGUUUCGUCCGUUUUCCGGCACUUCUCUUUGUCGGGCGACUUUGCAGACCAAAAGUGUGACGGAAAGAGCGAGUUCUCCGUGGACUUUGAUGGCGGCGGUGUGUCUGCAGAGGCUGCCUGUCAUUUCAGCGGAGUUAACCCCCUUAGAGCAGCGGUUCAGACAGAUGGUGCAGCAGAUGGAGCUGGAGAAAAGCCUGCUGUCGGACCACGAGCUGCGGCUGCUGGAGGACGCUGAGAGGAUGAGUCGUAAGCAAGCGGACGACUAUGACUCUGAUGAAGAGGACGACAGCAGGAACCCAGAUAUCGUGUUGGCUCAGGACUUGGAAGACGCCUGGGAACAGAAGCUGAAGAACUUCCAGCCAGCACAGAGGGUCAGAGCUGAUGUAGAUAAGGACGUGACCUCAGUGGAGCGCUGCCUGAGCGACUCGCUGGUUCUUCUGGCCGAGCAGCAGGUCGGCAGUGAAAAGCUGUGGCUGCUGCCUCAGACUCAGUGGCAGGAGGGAGAGACGCUGCGACAGACGGCCGAGAGAGCCCUCGCCUCCCUGCCAGCAGCUGGUUUCAGGGCGACUUUCCUCAGCAACGCCCCCUGUGGAGUGUACAAGUACAAACUGCCCAGAGCUGCUCGGACAGAAAGCUCCGUGGGAACAAAGGUGUUCUUCUUCAAAGCCAUUGUGUCAGACAGCGGUCCCCCCGCAGCCCUAAACUCUCAUUUUGUGUGGUUGAAGAAAAGCGAGCUGCAGAGCUACCUGAAACCAGCAUACAUGAUGAAGGUCGACCGCUUCAUCCUCGACCUGUGAAACCUAAACAUAUACCAGAGACACUGACUCACAGAACAAUAUUUAUGAGGCUCAGAUAGUUAUCUUACCUGUCGUCUUGUAUCAUAGAAAGUUCUUUCAGUCAUUAUGAUGUGUAUGUUUCAUUGUAUAAAUAAACAGUUUUUCCACACAUAUGGUGCAUUAUGGGU